AUACAGAUGGGAGGAACAGUUUGACGAAGAUGUAACCCAAAUUCACAAUAAUGAAAAAUGCGAUUAAAAACUUGGCCAUAUGUUUAGCCUUCGUCCUGAGUCUGCUUCGACACGUACACUAUGCAUACAGGAUUGACAACAUAACAAUUAAGAAAGCGCGAUUUAGUGACGACUUGGAAAGGACAGUACAAAAAAUUAAUAAGCGCGUCCAAAAGGACAGUGUCCCAUCCUAUGACGUGUGCAAGUAUAAAAAAAUCCCCAAAUUUUUAACCGAAAGGAAUAAGCUCAAAGAUACCCAAAAAGUCAAGUACAUCGUAGGGAUUGAAAACACGUGUGAUGAUACUUGCAUCUGUGUCCUUGACUCCAACUUGAAUAUUGUUAAAAAUGUUAUCAUAUCUCAUUUUAAGGUGGUUCACAAGUAUGAGGGCGUGUAUCCCUUUUUUGUCAGCUCCAUCAACCAGCUGUUUUUGAAGCCCUAUGUGGAGAAGACUCUCGAGGGCAUUGACGAAAGCCGAAUCAGCUGCUUCGCCUUCAGCGCUUGCCCGGGAAUAGCUAAAAGCAUGGAGGCCGCCAAAAAUUACAUAGGGGAGAAGAAGAAGCAGAACGGAAGCAUACAAGUAAGUCCGAUCAAUCACGUUUUUGCUCAUGUCCUUUCGCCUCUCUUUUUCCACGUCUACAAUGAUAAAAAUACAUAUACGAAUAGUGGACAGUACAAGGAAGGAAAAAGCGAACAAUCGAAAAAUGAACUUGGUAUCGACAUGCACAUCUCGGAGGAGGUCAGAAAGGAUAAGACACAAAUGGAAAAAGUGAAAGGCAUUCUGCAGAUUCUCAAUAGUAACGAUGUGACGAAGCGGAAGAUGGCACUUUUGAGCGAAGAGGAAUUUUUAAACUGCGGCAAUUAUGUGCUUAGGGGGGAGAUGGGCAACGAGACACCCCAAAGUGGGGACAGUGAGGAACUCCAAAGUGAGGAAAGUGAGGCACUCCAAAAUGUGGAAAGUGCGUCACCCCAAAGUGUGGAAAGUGCGUCACUCCAACGUGCGGAAAGUGAGGCACCACAGAAUGUAGCCUACCAGAGGAAGAACACCUCCUCUGCGCAGAAAACGCAGUAUAGUGGGGACGCACCCCAGGGAAGCCACUUGACAGAUGGAUACAUCUGCGCGUUAGUUUCCGGAGGAAGCACUCAAAUUUACAAAGUUCAAAGGAACAAAAAAAACGACAUUAAUUUGUGCAAGUUGUCUCAGACGGUCGAUAUUUCCGUUGGAGACAUAAUUGACAAAAUUGCUAGGCUGCUGGGGCUCCCCGUUGGGUUAGGGGGAGGUCCCUUCCUUGAAAGGAAGUCAGCAGAGUUCGUUACAAGAAUGAAGGAGGAGAGGCUGAGUGGGGAGGCUUGCGCGGAUCCAUUUCAGCCCUUUCCCGUUCCCUUCUCCGCGAACAGCCGAAUCGAUUUUUCGUUCUCAGGCCUGUACAACCACCUGCGCAAAAUCAUCGAGGAAUCAAAAAAAGGAGAGUCCUUCGAGCGGGAAAAAGACAGAUAUGCCUACUAUAGUCAGAAAAAUAUUUUCAACCACCUCCUGAAGCAGAUGAACAAAAUUAUGUAUUUCUCAGAGUUGCAUUUCAAUAUAAAAAAAUUAUUCAUAGUGGGGGGAGUUGGAUGCAACCACUUUUUAAUCACCAAGUUGAAAAGUAUGGCUAUGAAAAGAAGUCAAUUACAAGUUCAGCUAAAUGAAUUUAAAAAAUUAAAGAAAAGGCUAAGUAAGAGGGUAAAAAAAAUAAGUGAGAAAAAAUUUUUACAUUUUAAAGUGUCCAAGGAAGUACUCAAAGGGGAAAUUGAGUUCACUGCAUCCCUGGGUUGGGAUAUUUACUUAAAACUUCUUUUAAAGAGGAAAACGGAACGAGAUAUUUUGUCAGCUUUAAAGUAUUUUAAUUUUGAGGACUUUUCGAAACUGAAGGAGGGGGGUCAUUUUCUGCUGGAGGGUCAUUCUGCUUCCUCCAAAAGUGAAGCGCCCUGGAGCGUGCACAAGACGCCGCCCAACCUCAGCAGAGACAACGCGGCCAUGAUUUGCUUUAGCGCCUUUUUGAAUUUGCACAACAAAAGCGAUCUCUAUGAGGAUGUAUCUCAGGUUAAAAUUAAACCAACGGUGAAGACCCAGGUUGAAAAUAAUUUCCUGCUCUUUUCCGACAUGAUCAUUUUUGAUGUGUUUCUGCAGCAGUUUGGCGCCCAGGGGGGGUGA